GUUUUAGUCCGAUUCUUGAUUGUCUUUCUGUAUGCAAAUUCUACUCAAAAAACAUUUUCUGUUUGCAUUAUGUAUUAGCUCAAAUUUAGUAAGUUUUCAUGGAUAUACGCACAGUGCUUCAGCCUGGUGGGGUUGUUCCAAUAUCUUCCACGGACAAGCCAAUAUCGAAGAGGUGGAGAGUACUAAUGCCUGAUGGGAGUUAUGGGAUUUACCCAAAGCCACGUCAAUUGGAAACCUAUGAGAUACCGCAGGUGGUAGAACACUAUCGCCUGGCUGCCUUAAAUGCCGUUGAAGCAGGUUUUGACGGUGUUGAGAUCCACGGAGCUCAUGGUUACCUGAUUGACCAAUUCCUCAAGGAUGGGAUCAAUGAGCGCAAAGAUGAGUAUGGCGGAUCUCUUAGAAACCGCUGCAAAUUCAUAAUGAACGUAGUGCAAGCAGUUGUUUCUGCCGUUGGAGCCGAGAGAGUUGGUGUCAGAAUGUCACCUGCAAUUGAUCAUCUUGAUGCGAUGGACUCUGAUCCACUCAGCCUAGGCCUAGCUGUGAUCGAGAGACUCAACAGCCUCCAAAUAGAUUGUGGCUUAAAACUUGCAUAUUUACAUGUGACUCAGCCCCGAUACACAGCCUAUGGGCAAACAGAGUCAGGCAAUCAUGGUAGUCCAGAAGAGGAGGCGCGAUUCAUGAUGACUUGGCGAAGGACUUAUCAGGGAACUUUCAUAUGUAGUGGUGGAUUCACUAGGCAGCUUGGAAUUGAAGCUUUAGCUCAGGGUGAGGCUGAUUUGGUGGCGUAUGGACGACUAUUUAUAGCAAACCCAGACUUAGUUUUGAGACUCAAACUCAAAGCACCUCUAAACAGGUAUGUUAGGGCUACUUUCUAUACCCAUGAUCCUGUUGUAGGAUAUACUGAUUACCCCUUUCUGAGCAGUAAUAACGGAUCUAACACACCUUCGUCACGUAUGUAAUCAUGAAAAAAUUGGCACCACUACGUAUUUAUAUGAGCCUAUAGCUCGAAUUAAUUGUAUAUCGUGUUAUAAUUUUAGUUUUUACGUCAAUUCCGUAUAAUCUAUUAUGGCCUUCAGCUCUGCCAUGGCCUUUCGUUUUGAAAAGAGAUCGAAAGAUUUGAUGAUUGUCUAUUUGAUUGAUACCGGUAAUAUU